AUGACUAUCAUUCAAGAACUGACGGCACUGCUGGAGAGGCAAGUGAAGAGAGCCGCCGACGCCGACAAGCGCCUGGAGCGCUUGGAGAGGCUUCUAACCAGGGAGCCCUCCGCGGGGACGGACGCGACGACCGGAGUGUCAGAGUCGGGGGCUGAGCGAGGCGCUGAUGGAUCCGUUGGACCAGCUGCCGCCGCCCGCCGGACUGUCUGCCUGCCGGUGUCGGCGACCCCGACCGCGCAACCGAAGUCGGCAUCGACGUGCCACGACCGUGCCGAGUGCAGUGUUCACGACAGUGAUUUAGGAGCGGUGAGCCGCAGGCUGGAGGACUUUGAGCUGACGCUCAAAUACGCCGUGAACCACGCCGGCGGAGACACGUGUCGCGCCGCUGGCGCCAUCUGUCGUGCGUGUGGCGAACCGGGGCAUUUUGAGAUUGUGUGCCACCAGAGGGCUGAUCGUCCAGUGGCGACAUCUGCAGCGACGAAAGUACGCGACUCACCGGUGGUGGCGCCAGUAACGGUAGCCGCCGGCACCGCCGUGUUGCCGCCGCCGGCGGACACGGGCCAAGCCGGGCACACUGCGCUUCAGCCCGCCGAGCUGAGUGACGCUGCUGACGUCCACGGAGCCUGCCCGCCGCCGGCGGGAGGCUGGCCAGCGCAGACCAUGGACGUCGAGGCAGCCCCUGACAAAGCCGUGUCAUCGCCGCAGGCGGACACGGGCCGCACCGGCAGUACUGCAGCGCAGCCGACUGAGCCGGUCGGAGCUACCGCAUCCUACGGAGCCUCACCGCCGCCGGCCGGAGGCCCGGCCGGAGCCGCUGAAGCCUACGGAGCCUCGCCGCCGCCGGUGGGAGGCAUCCCAACGCCGAGCACGGGCCAAGGUACAGCGGCCGGCCCCGCCGUGUCGUCGCCGCCGGCGGACACCGGCCAGAUUGAGUCCACCGCAGGGCAGUCUAGCGGGCCAGCCGACACCCACGGGGCCUCGCUGCCGCCGGCGGGAGGCCUACAAACGCUGAGCACGGCCCCAGGUGCAGCUGCCGGCCCCGCCGUGUCACCGCCGCCGGUGGACACCGGCCAAACCGACUGUUCCGUGACACAGCCCACCGUACCCGGUGAGACUGAUGACGCCUACGGAGCCUCGCCGCCGCUGGUGGGAGGCCCGCCGACGCAAAGCAGGGACAGAGAAGAGGUCGUCAGUGACGCCGUGUCGCCGCUGCAGUCGGACAUGGGACAGACCGACUGUGCUGAGGAUGACGCGUGUCUGGCGCCGCUCGUGGACCCGGUUCAGGGGAGGGCCGGAGACGCCGCUGGCUGUGAUCCGUGGCCGCCACCCGACACCGGAGCGCCGCCUACCGGUGACCUCCCGGGCGACAACGGGCGCGCCCGCUGCGGACGCCGGAACAAGCGCCCGCCGCCAUGA